GUCUCAGACAACAAAGGGCUGAGUUCAUUCAACUAAGCACCACUGCCUGCAAUAAGCACAGCCUAUGACAGGGCACUAAUACGAGUGAUUUACUCUUUGCAAUUAUAGGAGAAGGACAAACAUAAGCGUUCAUUAUUUUCCUGGAGUACGUUUUAUCUGCAUUAUCGUUGGGCACUGUCGCUUUGCGCCUCCACAAUAUCUCAACCCAGGAUUUCUUUUUUCAUUAUCCCUGCAGCGUAGAUAAAGCAAUGUGACAUAAUGAUUAGGUGUGUGGGUGUGAAUUUUGGCGACCGUUCCGUUAUAAUAAAUCUGACCACAUUGCAGCGCCCUCCAACUCAGUGUAGGAUGAUGUCAUUGUGCCCCCGCAGAUUCGAUUGGGAAAAAAAAACUUUAUAGAUAACACACACACACACACACACACACACACACACACACACACACACACACACACACCAAAAAACACGAAUAAAAACGCAGAUGAAUGUUGACUUAUGAAAACAUAGAAAUGUCUGAUUUGGCUGUUUGAUGUUUUAUUUGAACAAAUUUUAAGGAAUUGUGCCACUAUCAGUUAAAAGGCUAAUUGUAGAUGACAUAAUCUGGAAGUGCUAAUGGACUGUGGCCUAUAUAUAUGAUUUAAUGGCAGGUCAUUUAAGAAAUGCAAUAUUAAAAACACAUCCUCGAUUCAUUCUAAUAAGUCAUGAUUUAACGAGGCUGCAGAAUAGGUUGCUUUUAUCGUCUCGUUGGCGUUCGCCUGACCGUGCAGGGCUGCUUUCGUCAAAAAAAAAAAAAAAAAAAAGGUCGAUCACAUGGGCCGAUCCAUGUUGCGAAACUCCUUUUAUUUAACUCUCCAUAUAUGGUCUAUUGUAAUGUUACGUGGGAAUUCUUCGCAGAUCGCGGUCCACAGCUCUCCUCUCGAUUGUUUGCUUCCUGCUAUUUGUGGGCGUGCCGCGUUGCUUUCCACAUGGCGCAAACCUCCUGUGCGAUUGGUCCGCUGCGAGCUCAACCCUCGACGCCUGUCAAAGAGCUCCGCCAAUUAGGAGCCCGCUCGGUGGCGACGUCACGUGUUGCUGGGCCUGGCUUCAGGCGGCAAGUACAAGCCCCCAGACUCGGUGCACCACGGGAGUUGGAGGCUUUUUCUUUUUUUGUAGACGAGCAAGAGACAUAAGUUACUGGUAUUUGUGUUCAUAGAAACUCAUAAAAUAAUAUAAGUAAUCAAUGAAUUAUUUUUUUUUCAUCAUUAUUAUCAACAAUCUUCAGUAACUCUAAUGCGAUAUUAUUGGUCAGCGAUGUGAAAGUAAUCUUGAAAAUUUUAAUAUGUAUUUGAGCUUUUAUUUUGAUCACAAGCAUCAGUGACCCCAUUAAACUGCUCAAGAACACAAGUAUUAGUGUUCAUUCAGUGUCACAUGAAAGAACAGACUUAAUUAUCGAUUGAUUUGUGUUUACCAAAAGUAACCAUAAGUAACAGCAAUCUUCAAUGUUUAACUGCCAAUAUGUAUUGCCACUUUUUUUUACUAACUUUGAUCAGAAGUAACAAUGACCUUGUCAAAUUUCUGUAAAACAUUAAUCCCUGCAUUAUCCGUAAAAAAAUUCAGCUGAAAUUGUUGAGACACAGGGCAGUCUGAAUGACCAAUUAGAUGUCAAUAUUGAAAUUGGAGGAAAACAUCAAAAGGCUACAUGCAAUAAUUCAUUAGGAAGUAGAACCAUAAAGUUCAUAUUCUUAAAUAUUUUUGCACUGAUACCGAAAAGAAAAAUGAAAAAAAGAGCAUUGAAAAUAAAAAAGAAGAUAUAUUUAUAUAGUCAUCAUGGGUACAUUCUGCACUGCUCCACGGAUGUGUAUUUAUUUAAUAAUUAAACUGACCUUCCCUGCAUUUAUUUGUAUCAUAAAGCAUUUAUAGAAGGCGUUCUGCUGGAGAAAUCCCAUUAAAGGGAGAGCUGUUAAAUUCAAUGAUACUCUGUUUCCCAGAAUGCAUCACGUUUGGCCCGGCCUCUUCUCCGCUCGGUCCCCGCCUCCCAGCUGAGCAGCUAGGUAAACAAACAGGAGAGGAGAGGAAACGAGCAGCAGCAGGCACUUUGCUGGCUCUGGGCUUCCUCGGGGGAAAUUUUAUAUUGUUUAUACCCGUUUUUGUAAAAAUAAUUAUAGUAAUUUGAUAUCGCGUUUCAUAGAAACUUUUAAUACUUUGAUACACUGGUUUUGACAUUUUCUAACAACGAAACCUGGCAAGGAUUGGCUAUAGCUUGCUAGCUUACACUGGAUUUUUUCCCUUUUUUUCACCUCGACAAAGGCUGCUGAUGAGCCAGCAAAGACACUGAACAAGAUAGUAAUACGUCGGGGUUUUUUGUUGUUUUUAAACAAAGCUUACCAGUGUAGUAAUAACCGAUGUACCGUCUUCCCUGUAUUUAAAAGCGACCGGCCGUUGCUGCUGCCAAAGCUAACGUUAAAACGCCGAAGAGAGCUUUGCUAACGUUAACGGCAGCCAGCCUCAGGAAAGAAUGACGGCUGUUCAGCUAAUAAAUAUCCAACGGUUAUUGGAAGCAGCGGAAUAUCUAGAAAGGAGAGAAAGAGAAUGUGAACACGGAUAUGCGUCGACAUUUCCGUCAAAUCAGAACACAAACUACCAGAGGCAAAGAAAAUUCCGAAAUAAGAAGUUCAGCAGUAACCACAAUAGAUCGACACAUAAUGAGCUGGAAAAGAAUAGACGAGCUCACCUGAGGCUGUGUCUGGAGCGGUUGAAGGCCCUCAUACCUCUGGGACCUGACUGUAACCGCCACACCACCCUGGGCCUGCUCAACAAAGCCAAAGCACACAUAAAGAAACUUGAAGAGGUGGAAAGGAAGAGCCAGUACCAGCUGGAGUCUCUGGAACGUGAGCAGAGGCACCUCCAGCGUCAGCUGGAGCUGCUGAGGGGAGGCAGUGGAGCUGCAGCCCAGAGCAGCCCAGGGGAGGGAGAGAGGAUACGCAUGGACAGCGUGGGCUCCACCCUCUGCUCCGACCGAUCUGACUCUGACCAAGAAGAGAUUGAGGUGGACGUGGAAAGCACGGAGUUCUCCCAUGGAGAGCUGGACAGUGUGAGCACGGCCAGCACCAGCGACCUGGACGACCACAGCAGCCUGCAGAGCAUGGCCAGCGAUGAGGGCUACUCCUCCUGCAGUGUCAAACUUGCCUUCUCCUCCUAGAAGACCCCACACCACCGUGACCGCCACCUCCCUGCCAAACCGGCCUGCCCUCCCAUCUGUUUAUCCAUCCAGCCAUGCCUACGUAAACAUACACCCAGUCACUUGACGACGGGCACGCCCCCCAGCUAACGGCGUCCUAGUUGCUUCUCAGCAGCGCCCCCUUUCUGCUCCCCGGCUUUUAGUUUCCCUCCACGCUGCUGAACCCCCCAUCGGAGGAGCUCCAGUGAGCACACUCCUUUCCCUCUAAACUUUGAGCCACCCUGACCAACGCUGGCACCAGGGACCCAGGCACAGUGAUGUGAGACUGCAAAUUGAUUUUAAUUUUAUUCUAAAGGGAGAUCAGAGACUUGGUUGAGAUUAGAGAAAUACACAUUUUGAUUUUUAAACCCAUAACACAAAUUAGUGGUUGAUUUUACUUCUGGUGUUUCCUGAAACCAUUGAGUGUUUUUUUUUUUUUUUUUUUUUUUUAGAAACACAACCCCCCCCUAAUUUAACUCAAAAUGCACUUAAUUUCAUAUAGUAUUGAAACGAUUGAGAGUUAGUCUUUGGUUCUCCCUCCUGCGGGUGUGUGAUGAGCUGAUCCUGUGUGUCUGUUGACAUUGUGCUGUUGGGCCUGGAUAAACUGGGAGCACAUCUAAUCUGGACUUUAAUGAACACUGUGGGUCAACUUUGCUGUAUCAACACAGCUUGGCCCUGAAAAAAAAAAAGCGUCCCUCCAGCCCUGAAUUUAAUCCAGUUUCUUUUUUUUUUUUUCCAUUGCCUCUGCUCGACACCAGAGAAGCCCGGACACUUGAAUUGGUGCUAUUGUGAAACAUACCAACCAACGGGGGAAGCAGAUCAGAUCCACCACCACUAAGCUUUUAAAGCAAACAAAGCGUGUCUGCCGUGAUUGUUUCCAACCAAGCAUGGAGGAAAACAGCCACAUAAAUGGAGGGAAAAAACAAAACAAACAAAAGAAAAAAACAUUCCUGUCGAAUGUGGGUGCUCAGUGCAUUUUCAAAGAGUGGAAAUUGUAACUUUGUGUGCGUGUGUGUGCGUGUGCGUGUGUGUGUUUUGUUUCGGUUUCUUUGCCCUCAACAAGCAGCUACUACAAGCUAUCCUGCACUUGCCUACUUUAGAGCUGUCCGUAGAAAUGGCACAAACCAGGAGGAAAACAGUAACACACAAAAUAAACUACAGCAACAAGGAAAAAGUCCAAACAACAGCAAACUUUGGAAUAGAUGCCCAUCCUCUUUCCAGCAGUAACAAGCAAUAACUCUUGCAGUUGUUUUUGUCUCAUCAGUUCAAACUGCUUCCUGUUUUUUUUUUUUUUAAAUUCACUUCCCUCUAAAGACUCGUGUGACCGUCCAAAUUAUUAUUUUUUUUGUACAUACAAAUAGCUUAAUAAAUGAAACUUUAAAAAUGAGUUUAAAAAAAGGUAGAGCUCAUGGAUAGAACUAUUGCCUCUGUUGCUGUUUUGACCUGUGUUUAUUGUGCAUUUUGAAAUCCAAUUUUUGGAACAAUUUUUUAUCCUCUUCAGAGUGGCAGUGAAUGCACCAUUACUGUGCUGGCUGAAACAUUGAAAUGUUACCCAUUGUGUCCCUGCCCGAGGAAGAAAAAGAAAAGUUACGCUACAUACAAAACAAUACAACAGCUUCACAUUGCAGUUACGUAAAAACAGCGAUCCGGUAGGAUUUGUGUUGGAGAAUGCGAAUUUUGUUUGGCACUGUGUUUAUUUAUUAGACAUUUUUUUAUCCUCCUGUUUCUAUUACUCGUGAAUGGGAGGCUUUAAAAGCUGUAUAUGGCAUUCCACUGAUGGUCAGGUGAUCUGCGGAGGAAAAAGUUUGAAGUGUGGAGAGAAGAAAACGGGUUGUAUGAUGUCAAUGUUCUCCAUCCCAACUCCACUGGCAUUAAGAAAUUGCACUUCAAAUCACAGUUCUCAUUAUUAUUUUCUUUCUUUUUUUUUUCACUGUCAUGUUGAGCUUUCCUUGAAAGAAGAGAGAAAAAAACCAGCCAUUUUCAAUAUUUAUUUCUUAAUCCUUCAAAGAACACAAGCAAAUGGCGGCGGGGGGGAUUUAACUUAUUUUCUUCUGUCUUAUUUUACUCUUCUAUUUUUGAAGCUUAUUCCUCAUUCCUUAUUUUAAGAAUUGUAUAUUUUAUGGGUUAUUAUUUUUUGUUGGGGAGGACUCGGGGGCGGGAGGGCGGGGUUAAGAAAAUGUAGCCAUUGUUUGUUUUUGUUUUCAUUUUUCUGAUGUUUUAUUCAAUGGACACUUGAAAUGUAAUCGGCCCCUAAGCUGCUCCUAGUGCUGAGCCUCGCCUGUUUAGAGUCGCCAGCCUUGUCCGGAGCUGACUCCCCAGCAACGCUUGACACAGAUCUAAAACCACCAGAUGGGCUGAAAACAAUCGCCAAACCUUUGCGCCCAUUCUGCUGUUACAAGUUUCUCCAUCUCGUUUUCAGUUCUGCGCUGAGGGGAGUUAAUCCUGCACAAGACUCACUGAUAGCCAAGACUUUACUGGCAAAUAUUGAGCCAGCUACUACACAAUAAAAGGGGUCUAAAACUCCACUUUCCUCUAUUAGGAGGAUUGUAGUCUCUGUUAGACUUAUGUUUUAGUGGAAAAAAUGUGUCUUACAUUUACAAGGCCUCCGACUGAGGAUUUAAAGAAAAAAAAGAGUAAAAACAAAAGAACAAAUCCUUUGGUUUCCUCUGAAGGACAUCAUUAAGGUGUAGAGUUUGACAUGUGAGCUUCUUGGUGGAGCUCUGUAGAGGUUGUUGGACUUGGCACUGAAUCAGAAAGUCACCACUUGUGGUGCUUGAUUAUUUAAAAAUAAAAAAAUUAAAUUUAAAAAAAAAAAAUGGAAAA